AUGAACCUCAAUGCCCUUUUGUCAAGCUUGAGAUAUUAUAGUUUAAGGAGUGGCCGUGGCAUACAUUCGAAAAAUUAUAGUUCAGUUACAAAUAGCUUUGCAAAGAUGUUCACAACCAAGAUUCUCCCAGUGAAGAGGGAAUGCAUAGAGUUUAGAGCAGAUGAAUCACUACCUAGAUUCACAGAUGCAGAAACAAAAGAAAACUUAAAGAUAGCCGCAAAAGAAUUGGUCGAGACAAAUAAUGUAAUAGGAUUUCCUACAGAAACGGUAUAUGGCUUGGGAGGUUCCGCACUUAAAGAUGAGUCGGUCAGGUCUAUUUACAAGGCAAAGAACAGACCAGCUGACAAUCCACUAAUCGUGCAUGUGUCAUCAAUCGACCAGCUCAAGAGGAAGAUCUUACCUCAAGGUUACGAAGUUCCGAAGCAAUAUCAGCAGCUCAUACAAAAAUUCUGGCCAGGGCCACUUACUAUCUUAUUACCAGUUCAUGAAGGAUCUCCAAUAUCGAAACUAGUAACAGCAAAUCAAGAUACAUUCGCUGUCAGGAUACCCCAAAACCCAGUUGCAAGAGCUCUUAUUGCUAUCAGUGACACCCCUCUAGCAGCUCCGUCGGCCAAUGCAUCAACGAGACCGAGCCCAACUUUAGCAUCUCAUGUUUUCAAUGACCUUGAAGGUAAGAUUCCAUAUAUAAUAGAUGGUGGAGCAUGCGAUAUCGGUGUAGAGUCGACUGUGAUUGACGGACUUUCCGAUCCACCAAUGCUACUCAGACCCGGAGGUGUCUCCGUCGAAGAGAUAAAACACUUUGGAGGAGAAUAUUGGCUGUCCGUUGCUGUCGCAACUAGAGCAGCUAAUAGCAAUGAUCCUGUAAAGACACCAGGGAUGAAAUAUAAACAUUACGCACCCAAUGCAAAGGUUGUGUUAUUCGUUAAUUGCGGUAACGGAGUUGCUGCAAUUACUAAUUACAUUAAAAAAAACGAAUGCUCUGAUAAACGCAUAGCGCUUCUCACAUCAAGGCAUUUUGAUUCGAAAAAUGAAUAUCCUAGCUGCAUAAUAAUUAAGACAGAUCUUGGUAUUACUGGGUCCGAGAUUUCUCGUAAUCUCUUCAAGCAGCUACGUGAAGUCGACGAAAAGAAUGUAGAUCUCAUAUUUGUCGAGGGAACAGACGAAAAAAACGAAGGCUUAGCUAUAAUGAAUAGGCUCUCAAAGGCGGCUGUAGAGACCGUGACUUCACCAUAG